CGCUUCCGGUCCGUGUGGGGGAGGUUCUCGCGCAGGCCGGGGACUCAGGGCAGGUGUUGGCGCGCGUGCGGUGAAUUUUUUCGCGAGUCGGCCUCCCUUCCCGCCGGAUCAUGGCCACCGACUCGUGGGCCCUGGCAGUGGACGAGCAGGAAGCGGCUGUCAAGUCGAUGAGUAAUUUGCAAAUCAAGGAAGAGAAAGUCAAACCAGAUACCAAUGGUGUUAUUAAAACCAGUGCCACUGCAGAGAAAACAGAAGAAGAAGAGAAAGAGGACAGAGCUGCCCAGUCCUUACUCAACAAGCUGAUCAGAAGCAACCUUGUGGAUAACACAAACCAGGUGGAAGUCCUGCAGCGGGACCCAAACUCCCCGCUCUACUCAGUGAAGUCCUUUGAGGAGCUUCGGCUGAAACCACAGCUUCUCCAGGGAGUCUAUGCCAUGGGCUUCAAUCGACCAUCCAAGAUACAAGAGAACGCAUUACCCAUGAUGCUUGCUGAGCCCCCACAGAACCUGAUUGCCCAGUCUCAGUCUGGUACUGGUAAAACAGCUGCCUUCGUCCUGGCCAUGCUCAGCCGAGUGGAACCAGCAGAGAGAUACCCCCAGUGUUUGUGCCUCUCCCCAACAUAUGAGCUGGCUCUUCAAACGGGAAAAGUGAUUGAGCAAAUGGGCAAAUUUCAUCCAGAACUAAAGCUUGCUUAUGCUGUUCGAGGCAAUAAAUUGGAAAGAGGUCAGAAGAUCAGUGAACACAUUGUCAUUGGCACCCCUGGGACUGUUCUGGACUGGUGCGCCAAGCUCAAGUUCAUCGACCCCAAGAAGAUCAAGGUGUUUGUUCUGGAUGAGGCUGACGUGAUGAUAGCUACUCAGGGCCACCAAGAUCAGAGCAUCCGCAUCCAGAGGGAAAAACUCGGGAUCAUGCCACAUACCUGGGUCUUCCCUUGCAGGAUGCUGCCCAGGAACUGCCAGAUGCUGCUUUUCUCUGCCACCUUUGAAGACUCCGUAUGGAAAUUUGCCCAGAAAGUGGUCCCAGACCCAAACAUUAUCAAACUGAAGCGCGAGGAGGAGACAUUGGACACCAUCAAGCAGUAUUACGUCCUGUGCAAUAACAGAGAUGAGAAGUUCCAGGCCUUGUGUAACCUCUACGGGGCCAUCACCAUUGCUCAGGCCAUGAUCUUCUGCCAUACCCGCAAAACAGCGAGCUGGCUGGCAGCAGAGCUCUCAAAAGAAGGCCACCAGGUGGCCCUGCUGAGUGGCGAAAUGAUGGUGGAGCAGAGGGCUGCGGUGAUCGAGCGCUUCCGAGAGGGCAAAGAGAAGGUGCUGGUGACCACCAACGUGUGUGCCCGCGGUAUUGAUGUCGAACAGGUUUCUGUCGUCAUCAACUUUGACCUCCCCGUGGACAAGGAUGGGAACCCGGACAACGAGACCUACCUGCACCGGAUCGGGCGCACGGGCCGCUUUGGCAAGAGGGGCCUGGCAGUGAACAUGGUUGACAGCAAGCACAGCAUGAACAUCCUCAACAGAAUCCAGGAGCAUUUUAAUAAGAAAAUAGAAAGAUUGGACACGGAUGAUUUGGACGAGAUUGAGAAGAUCGCCAACUGAGACGCUCCACCAGUCGCCAGUGCCCACCCCCGGCACUCCGCCUGCACGGGAGACCGGUGCUUUCACGGCACAGGCCUCGACAGUCACCACAAAGACAAAGGCAGAGGAGAGAGAAACUACCUACCUCAUUUUAAAUUACGUUUGGACUAGACAAAAAUUGUGCAACUGAUGGGGGAAGGUAGAAGGAAAAUUUUGCAUUUCGGAAAAUGUAGUCCUCCCCCUGCCACCCCCCCCUUAAGCCAUGGUUUUUCCCCAUCUUUAUAAUAAUCUGGUCGCUAUGGAUAAUCGCUGAGCCUAGGAUCCCCUGCUUGUUUUGUUGCUGGGGUGAUAGGACCAACCCCCACCCCUGCAGAAAUGGUAGAUGUAGAGCGUGGGAGAGGCUUCACAGCACAGGCGUGUGAGCCCCACUGCACGGAUGGAAUGUGGGGAGCAGCGGCAGAGAGACCCUUGAGCUCUCCCCCUUCUCAGUCCCUGACUGGAGACCUGCCACCAAUGUCUCCUGCCCUUGGGGCCCUCUUCCUUCUCCUGAAUCCAGAGAUGUUCCCGCUGAUCCCUUUUACCUCUGUUCUCUGUGCCAGAGGAUGUCCCUGUUUCUGGGUGAGCAUCUUGGGUACUUUUGUAAACCUCCGAUUUAGAGAGAAACACGGAAGUCAGUGCAUCUUCAGAGAGAUUGGUCUGGCAAGGGUAGAUGAAUCCUUUGAGAAUCUGGGCCUUUCUCUUCCUGCAGUUCUGUGUUUGCUCAGGCACUGGGAGUCAGUCAUGGCGGCCAGGAGACACUGGGUGAGUUUCUGACACACACCUGGCCACGUGAGUUGAUUCUUGUCCAUGGGGUGUCACACUGUGCCUGGAGGCAAUCAGCAGAGUUUGGAAAGGAAGUUAUGACCAAGUGAAAACUCUGAUAGUGCUCUUUAUCUGUAAUAGUGGACCUGUUGGUUACCUUAAUUCAGAGGUCAUCUGUAUGAAUAAGGACAGAUAAAUUUGAGCUAUACCCAUCAUUCAUUAUGUUCAGAAAUCUUAAAGUAAUUAUGAAAGGCUUUACUAAUCAUGAUUCAUUUUUAUUUGUAUUUUUCUGCUAAUUAGACUAAUAUAUGCUCAUUAAAAAGGUGUGUGUGUAUGUAUAUAUACAUAUAUAAGGUGCAAGUGCUCUCUAUCCCCACCUCUGUGGAAUCACCAUUAGCAUUUUGGUGAACAUUUGAUAUAUUUCCUUCUGUUUACAUACCCACUUUUUUACAAAAACGGGAACAUCCUAUUCAGGCUUUUGUGCACCCUGCCUCUUAGCAGCGUAUCUUGGACAUGUGACAUGUCCUGCACACAGGCCCACCUCACUCUUGGCAAUGGCAUUGCUCUAGCAUUAGCUGCCCCAGCGUUUAGUUCAUGGCCCCUCUAGUGACAGGCACAGGAGGUGGGCAUGGUGCCACAGCGUGCAGCCGCACUCACCUCUGCCCUGUGAAAGUCGCUGUAGGAUCUAUUCCUGGAAGUACAGGUGCUGGGUCAGAGAGUGGAGACCUUUAUGAUUUUAAUCCGUUCCCAAUUUACCCUGCCAAAAAGUUUUUACCAAUUUACAUUAUUGUAGUGAUAUGAAAAUACCUAUUUUCUUUCCUACUUGCCAAUCCUCUAUAUUAUCAAUUUUUUACAAAUUUGCCAGUUUGAGUAGCAAAAAUAAAUGGCAUAAUUGCAUUUUGUCUUUAGUGAGCUUUGGCAAAGUUUCAGUUUAUUGGAUAUUUGUAUUUUGUCUUUUGGGGUGCUGCCCAUUCUUGCCUCAUCAUUUUACUAUUGGAUUGCCAGUCCGUAAUGAUUUUAAGCCACUGCUAUUUUAAGGAAAUUAGACUUUAUCUUAAGUGGCGGAUGUUUUCCUAGUUUGUCUUUACAAACUCAUUUUUCAUAACAUUACACGAAAGUUUAAUUUUAAUGUUACUUGGAUUUCAUUUUUAAGAAAUCUGGAUUUAUGUCAUGGCUAGAAAAGUUUUCCUCAUCCCGGUGUCAUAAACCCCAAUUUAUCCUGUACUCAUUCCAGUAUUAUAAAUUACUUAUUCAUGUUUCCUAUAGUGGCAAUUCUUGGGGAGUAAAUUAUCUAAAUUCUUCUAGAUCUUUAAA